GUCGAAUUGAGCCAUGCUCGGAAGAACGUGCCAAAAGCUUCAGGCAGCCGCGCCGAUUCAAUCAUCGAUUCGUGGAAAAGCACGUGGCGUCGUUGUUCAAAGCUAUUCUGCAGACGUUUUGCCGUACAAAGGGCAGCCAGCAGGCACAAAGUCGAAUCGUGUGAAGCUUGAAGCCGGAAAAACGUAUCAUUGGUGCUCAUGCGGGUUGAGCAUCACUCAGCCAUUCUGCGACGGAACCCACAAAACGCCCGGAUUAACCAACGUUCGCCCCGUCAGUUUUCAAGUUGAAAAAACUGGAAUUUAUCCAAUGUGUGACUGCAAACAGACUGGAACUCGACCAAUUUGCGAUGGAAAACACGCUGAUGUAUCCAAAGCUCCACGUGAUCUAAACGCUACGAGAAUGGUUGCAUUCGACGAAUCGCCAGUUUACGCAGGAGUUGCUCAAAAAUUGGGAUAUAAGCCGAAAAAUGGUGGAUUCCAGUAGUCCGGAGACUACGCUGAGACAGCAGCCGAAAUCAAAAAAAGUACCAGAAAAACUGAAAGCAGUAGAUUUUUUUUUAUUGGAAAAAAUUUUUUAGGGGUUUUUUCCCGAUUUUUAAUGUGUGAAUAAAGUAAUUUUUAAGUGAAA